ACACAAACAAAACAAAAAGAAAAUAGAGACACAACACAACUUGAACUGCACCAUUCAUUCAUAGAACAAUGAAGAAACAUCAUCAACAAAAUGUUUCUCACAAAUUCUUACCAAGCACAAUCCUCAUUCUUCUCUUCUGCUUCUUCCCUUUCGCCAAACCCGAUCUCACGUCGGAGCGUGCCGCACUCUUAACCCUCCGUUCCGCCGUCCGCGGCAGAACCCUUCUCUGGAAUGCCUCGUCAUCUUCGCCGUGCAUUUGGCCCGGUGUUCAAUGUGACGUCAGCAAUGUCACCGUCGUUGAACUUCACCUCCCUGCUGUUGCACUUUCCGGCGAGCUUCCCGCCGGCGUGUUCUCCAAGCUCCCCAACCUCCACACUCUCAGCCUCCGUGUCAAUGCUCUCUCCGGCGUCCUCCCCGCCGAUCUCGCUUCCUGCGUCAAGCUCCGGAACUUUUAUCUGCAGCGGAACGAAUUCUCCGGCGAGGUUCCGGCGUUCUUCUCCGGCAUGACUGGUUUGGUUCGGCUCAAUUUGGCUUCAAACAACUUUUCCGGGCGGGUUCCGGUUGGAUUCGGGAACUUGACCCGGUUGAGGACCCUUUUCCUUGAGAACAAUAGGUUCACUGGGUCAUUGCCCGAGUUGAAAGAGCUGAACGAGUUGGCUCAGUUCAAUGUCUCCUACAACAUGCUGAAUGGGUCGGUGCCAAGAAAGUUGCAAACUUUCACUAAAGAUUCGUUUUUGGGGAAUACCCUUUGUGGGAAACCACUUGCAUUGUGUCCUUGGGAUGAUGGUGGUAGUGAGAAUGGUGCAAAUGGGACUUCAAAUUCAAGUGGGGUUGGAGGAGAUGAAGGGAAGGUGAUUGAAGGAGAGAGGAAGAAGAAGAGCAAGUUAUCUGGGGGUGCCAUUGCUGGUAUUGUUAUUGGGUGUGUGGUGGUUCUUUUGUUGGUUGUGUUUGCUUUGAUUCUAUUGUGUAGGAACAAGAGUGGUAGCAAGACUAGGAGUGUUGAUAGCAUAGUGACAAUGAAGCAGCAAGAGAAGCAUGAUGGUGGUGAGGUGGGAAUUGAGGGUGAGAAUGUGGAGAGUGGUGAUGGGAAUGGGAAUAAUGGGUAUUCGGUGGCGGCGGCGGCGGUGGCGGCGAUGAGUGGGAGUGGUGGUGGAAGGGGUGAAGGUGGUGGUGGUGGUGGUGGAGAUAAGAAGUUGGUGUUUUUCGGGAAUUCGGUGAAGGUGUUCGAUUUGGAGGAUCUGUUGAGGGCUUCUGCUGAGGUUUUGGGGAAAGGGACUUAUGGGACUGCAUAUAAAGCGGUUUUGGAGGAUGGGCCUGUGGUGGCUGUGAAGAGGUUGAAGGAUGUGACCAUUUCUGAGAAGGAAUUCAAGGAGAAGAUUGAAGGGGUUGGAGCAAUGGAUCAUGAAAAUUUGGUACCUCUAAGGGCUUACUAUUAUAGCAGAGAUGAGAAGCUUCUUGUUCAUGAUUACAUGCCAAUGGGAAGCUUAUCUGCACUUUUGCAUGGAAACAAAGGGGCAGGUAGGACACCAUUGAAUUGGGAAAUGAGAUCAAGCAUUGCACUCGGAGCAGCUCGUGGCAUUGAGUAUCUUCAUUCACAAGGGCCUAAUGUGUCUCAUGGGAACAUAAAGUCAUCAAACAUCCUCCUAACCAAGUCCUAUGAUCCAAAGGUAUCGGAUUUUGGCCUUGCACAACUUGUUGGUCCUUCAUCAUCCACACCUAACAGGGUUGCUGGAUACCGUGCUCCUGAAGUAACCGAUCCUCGCAAAGUAUCUCAGAAAGCUGAUGUGUAUAGUUUUGGUGUUUUGCUUUUGGAACUUCUUACUGGAAAGGCUCCCACACAUGCCCUUUUGAAUGAGGAAGGAGUGGACCUCCCAAGAUGGGUGCAAUCAGUUGUUAGAGAAGAGUGGACUUCAGAGGUGUUUGAUAUUGAGCUAUUAAGGUAUCAUAAUGUUGAAGAGGAAAUGGUUCAAUUGUUGCAACUUGCGGUGGAUUGUGCUGCUACAUACCCUGAUAACCGCCCUUCAAUGUCUCAAGUGAGACAACGCAUAGAAGAGUUAUGUAGGUCUAGCUUGAAAGAGGGUACUCAAGAUCAAACCCAACAAUCUGAUUUUAUCAAUGAUAUAGAUGAUGUGUCUUCUAGAUGAGUUUGGUAUGUAUAAGGGUCUCGUUGGCUUUGUCAAAAGCCUCAUAUUUUGCUUCCUAAGUGAAGUAAAUCAAGUGUUUAUGUUGUAUUUUUUUUAGCUUGGGAUAUAAUUUUCUUAAGCACCCAACUUUGAAUUUUUCUCCUAUCUCCAUUGUUCUACUUCACCCUUUUUCUUCUUCCCAAUCAAUAUUUCUUGGGGGAGUGGGAGUGGAUAUCUUGUUUCAAUAGUUAUUGCCGGUGGAUUCUGGUUGAUGUAAUUAUUACUGUUUGCUUUAACAUUGGGACUUUUGCUUUUUGGUGACACUUUUUUUCUCUGUUGAUAUUGAGAUAAUAUAUAGUCGCUUUCAUGGUUGGUU